GCAGCAGUAGGUAAAGUUAAAUAGACGUGUGGUAUACACUAUUCCUAAUGCAAUUAAAAUGCACAAUAUAGACAGUACAAUAAAAUAAGAGAGCAGAACAUAUUACAUUACAUUUAAGAAUUAAGUAGAAAAAAGAAGAGAAGAAAAAAGAGGAGCACAAAAUACAAGUAUAUACAGCCUACAUUCCCACGACCUACGAGCACAGUAAUGGAGGAACGGGUGUGUCCGCGACCCCUCGGGCGUAAACACCGCGGAAGGGAGGAGGUCUGCCGACCCAUCCGUCCGUCGAGCCGCGGAAGGCCGGCGUCAGUGAUCUAACGUCAGCGAACUAGGAAGUGCGACUAUACCUUUAAGUGAAAGGAAACGAAACAAGGAGCAAUCAGCGAUAUCGCUGCCGGGGCGCGUAGUUAGCUAUAGUUCAUUGGGCGUACAUGGGGUGUCGAUAUGGGAUUUGUUAAACUAAUACUCAUGUUUUGCUGCCUCCGACACAUUACAGGUCAGUUUGGGAACCCCUUGGACAAAUAUAUUCGCCAUUAUGAGGGUUUAUCGUACGACACAGAAGCCCUGCACAACAGUCACCAGAGAGCCAAGAGGGCACUGUCCCCUCAAGACAAGACCGUGCACUUGGACUUCCAUGCACAUGGAAGACAUUUUAACUUGAAGAUGAAGAGAGAUACAACUGUAUUUUCUCCAGAUCUCAUCAUUGAGGUGUCGGGAGAGGAGACACCUAUUGAUACGUCACAUAUUUACAGCGGGGAACUCUUUGGGGAAAAGGGCACACUGACCCAUGGCUCUGUGGUCGAUGGCCGCUUUGAGGGCUUCAUUAAAACUCACCAAGGAACCUACUAUGUCGAACCCUCCGAGAGGUACCUAAAGAACACAAAUGUGCCGUUCCACUCCGUCAUCUAUCAUGAGGAUGACAUCAACUAUCCUCAUAAGUAUGGCUCAGAAGGCGGCUGCGCUGACCACACAGUGUUGGAGAGGAUGAAGAAGUACCAGGACACUGCCGUAGAAGACCCAGUGCAAAAUGGGUACAGUGUGUCGAGUGAGGCAAAGAACUCCGACGGUCCUGUUAUUCUGAGGAGAAAAAGGGCAGCGGCGAAAGAGAAAAACACUUGCCAACUCUUCAUCCAGACGGACCACCUCUUCUUCAAAUACUAUGGCACGAGAGAAGCUGUCAUUGCCCAAAUAUCCAGCCACGUAAAGGCUAUUGACUCGAUUUACCAGGCCACGGACUUCCUCGGCAUUCGAAAUAUCAGCUUCAUGGUUAAAAGGAUCAGGAUAAAUACCACCAUCGAUGAAAAAGACUCAAGCAAUCCUUUUCGAUUUGCCAACAUCGGAGUGGAGAAGUUUUUGGAGCUUAACUCUGAGCAGAACCACGAUGACUACUGCCUCGCCUACGUCUUCUCUGACAGGGACUUUGAUGAUGGUGUGCUCGGCUUGGCUUGGGUUGGGGCUCCUUCAGGAAGCUCUGGGGGCAUCUGUGAAAAGAGCAGACUUUACUCUGAUGGAAAGAGAAAGUCUCUGAACACUGGCAUCAUCACUGUGCAGAACUACGCCUCCCAUGUCCCUCCCAAGGUGUCCCACAUUACUUUUGCUCAUGAGGUUGGGCAUAACUUUGGCUCUCCUCAUGACUCUGGAAUCGAAUGCACCCCUGGAGAGUCUAAGAUGCAAAACAACAAGGAGCAGGGCAACUACAUCAUGUAUGCCAGAGCCACAUCAGGGGACAAGCUCAACAAUAACAAGUUCUCUAUCUGCAGCAUCCGCAAUAUUAGCGCUGUUCUGACAAAGAAGAGAAAUGACUGUUUUGUUGAGUCUGGCCAGCCUAUCUGUGGUAAUGGCCUAGUGGAAGAAGGAGAAGAGUGUGACUGUGGCUACAGUGAUCAGUGUAAAGACCCCUGCUGCUACAAUGCCAAUGAAGGGGAGGGCAAAAAGUGCAAGCUCCAACCCGGCAAAAUCUGCAGUCCCAGCCAAGGCCCAUGUUGCACACCAGAGUGUGGUUAUAAGAGAACAAGUGACAAAUGCAGAGUGGAGUCCGAGUGCGCCCAGGAGGGCAGGUGUAACGGGGCUACUGCUCAAUGUCCUACCUCAGAACCAAAGGCAAACUUUACCUCCUGCCACAGAGAAACACAAGUCUGCCUCAAUGGGGUGUGCUCCGGUUCCAUUUGUGAAAAAUAUGGUCUGGAGGUAUGUACUUGUGCCAGCCAAGAAGGCCAGGAUGAGGCAGCUGAACUGUGCCACGUGUGCUGCAUGAAUAAAAUGAGUCCCACCACCUGCAGCAGUACAGGCUCGGAUAAAUGGGUCAAAUUCUUCAACAAGACAACCACAACGCUGCAGCCCGGUUCCCCCUGCAAUGACUUUAAGGGCUACUGUGACGUGUUCACGAGGUGUCGUCUGGUGGACGCCGACGGGCCUCUCGCUAGACUGAAGAAAGCCAUAUUCAAUGCAGAGCUCUAUGAAAAUAUUGCAGAGUGGAUAGUGGCUCACUGGUGGGCAGUGCUGCUGAUGGGCAUUGCUCUCAUUAUGCUGAUGGCUGGCUUCAUCAAAAUCUGCAGCGUCCACACCCCCAGCAGCAACCCCAAACUGCCCCCGCCAAAGGCACUGCCAGGUACAGUGCGUCAUAUGUGUUUAUAUUUACACGUAUGUUCACAUUCAUCCACUUUAGAUGCUCUUCAUUGUUCUUUUCCUCGACCUUCACAGAGAUGUUUGUGUUCCGUAGGUACUCUGAAAAGGAGAAGGCAGCAACAGGCAAACCAACAGGCCCAGGCCCAGCGCCCCCAACGUCAGCAAAGAGAGAACUAUCAAAUGGGACAGAUGAGACGCUGAGACUCUUUGCCUUGUUUCUUCCAUGUGCCUACCGUAUGAGCACUGCAGUCCAAAGAGUUACCUUUACCACCUAUUGCAGAAUUCAAAGAACUUGCAACUGGAUCUAUUUCACUGGACAAAGCCCAACAGGUUUGGUUGGACCUAGCAAACUCACUCAGCUUUUUUAUAGGAAAUAUAUAAAUACCUUUUCCAAGGAAUGACAGGAGGAUGAAUUCACUGAUCUUUGUUAUGUGGUCUUAAUCUUUGGAUGCUUCUUUUUUUAAUUUUUUUUUUUUUACCAGAUUGAGUAGAGUUUUAGAGUCCCUCCACUGUUCAUCUAUGCCAUCUUCCCUUAUGUCGUUCUUCCUCUCAGUUAAGUGCUGCUGUCAUCAGGCUAAUGGCAGCACUGCAAGUCGCAUUGGUGUUUACUGCCAACAAAACCGCAUCGUUUUUUGACAGUCUAAUUUGAUCUUUAGCUUUAUAUUUCUAAAACAUAUUCCUACAUUGUGCAAUUGUACAGGUGUCGCAGUAGGGUUUUUUUUCGUUUUUUUCCUGAGUUUCAAAUUAAUUAUUAUUAUUUUUUUUUUUAAGAUUAUUUACUGUUUCUCAGGAUGAAUACAACAACAGCAUACAAGUGAAUUGAGUGGAAAAGACUACUGCAUGCUUAUUUCAGGGUAGAAUCCCACCUGGCUGAAGCCUGUACAGAAGGGUUCAUGUUGGCGGUUGUGGGAUCCAGAGGCCAGUUUUCUAUGAAAAGAAUUAAGCUAAAUGAGUUUAAUAAAAACAAAGGGUCCCUGUUAUCCUAUGAAGGCGGGAUGGAUUAUCUGGAUGUGUAUAUGCAUCGUUUUGAAGCUGCGUUUACAUACAACUUCAGUCUUUGUACCAUAGAGAAUGAGGACAAAAAAAGGCCUGUGCAUGUUGGAAGUUAUUACAGAAAAUAAUUCUCAUUGGGAUUGUCCUGCUCUUUUAUCCACUUGUUGUGUUCUGUCACUUUUUGAAAUGACAGAAUGUAAAAACCACUCAACAGCGGUUUCCAUCCUCUCAGCCAGAUGUGGAACCUGUCUGGUUAAAAUGUGAUUUUAGCUUUUGAUGAUCCUUGCAGUUCAGAUUAUUUGUGUAUGUGGGGGAAUUUAAUACAUUUAGGAAAAAUAUAGCUUCUGAUUUUAUUCUUGCUGGUGUUCUCAAACAAUCACUAUUUGUGAGCGAUCCACUGACUUUUCCUACAGGAGAUUUUCUCCUAAGAGCUUUGUUUCCCUUGUUACACUUGGUUUGUGUAAUUGCGUUAAAAUGUGCCUACUAGGAGAAGUCUGACUGAAGUUGGUGAACUAGUGCUCUUUAGCAAGGCUGUAACCAUGUAUGCACUGUUAUCAGUCUGCGCUGCUUGGCAAUGUAUGACGACAAUUGUAAAUGUAAGUGACGAUUGAUCAACAUAAGAAUCGAAUGUUGCAAAAACACAUUUUCAUAUUACACUCAAUUUAUUGUUUUACAUUUUUAGAGAUACUCUCAGACUAUAAAAACAUGUCUGUAGUUUCUUCAAAUUAUUUUGUUUUUAUUUUAUUUUCUGGUUGAACACUGAGGCUUUUUGUUUAGUUUACCUUUGGUUACUUAUGGAGCACAGUUGUGUUCUAUGCAAGAUGUAAAGACGUUGCGUUAUUGAUCAGUCAGAUUCUAUGCAGAGUAUCACAGAGCUGUGAACAAGUUAGCCUCUUCACAGAAAAAUGCCUUCAAUGUUUUCUUCUUAAUGGGCACAUUAACUAUUCUGUUGUUUGUUUCAUAUCAAGCUGGUUGUGUUUAUGUGCUGCAGCAAAGAACAAAGAGACACGCAAAUCCUUUGUUGCACCUUUUACCGAUUUUGUUUGUAUUUCUGGUGCUACUGGUAAUGCUUUUUCUUGGGUUGGAGCUUAAACUAUAUUUUUUAUUAUCUUUAGCAAGUUUUGAAGCUUUUUGUGUGUUUGUGUGUAUGUGAGAGAGAGUUAAAGAGUGAGACCUUAUUUGCGGACUCAUCCUUAUCCAAUUUAUUGACAUUUAUGGAGUGUUAGGGUGAUUCUCUGGGAUUCUUCCCUGUUUCACAUGUGACGCUAUGAUGUGGAUAAAUGUGCACUGAAGUGUAAUUGGUAUAAACAAAUAAUCGGUAUAGAUUCAGUACUACUGUCUGAUUUGAAUGUCUCCUGUGUCUUACACCGUUUCCUUGCUGGUCUUUUAGUUUUUCUUUUACAUUCGUUAAGUAUGUUUCCCGUUGUGCUUAUUUUGAAAAUUGGACUUAAUUCGCAAACUCAUUGUGCAAAAGUAUGAUCAUUUGAAUUACUUGAAAUGCAUUAAUAAACAGAGUUGAUAACA